AUGCUCAAAACCCAUCACAACCUUCCUGACCGGAUCAAAGUUACCAAACCCCAAGCUUAUGAUUGGCCAAAAAGAGACUCAAAAGAAAGGAUGGAGAUGUUUCAACGUAUAGAGGAAGCUGGAAAAGCUACAUAUGGGAUUGCCGUGAAUAGCUUCGACGGGUUAGAGCCCGAGUAUGUUGAAGAAUUCGCAAAGGCAAAAGAUAAAAAUAUCAAACUUGGGCCCCACCCAUCUCUCUCUCUCUCUCUCUCUCUCUCUCUCUCUUUCGUAACUUGCUGCAACAAGGAAGAAGGAGCUUUAUCUUCUCCUGUUCUCUCCCGACCACACAUCAACCCCAACACCAACACCGCUGCACCACCACAACUAACCACUGCACCACCACAACUAGGUCAUAGACCACCGCAAACCCACCGUGAACCACCACCAUUGGUCAGUUGUUGUCAACCAACAACCCCUUAUUUUCGUCAUCUGUUUAGAAAAUCAAUUACCACCACCGUUUCAAUUGUUGUGACCACCGAAUACCACCCAACACCACUUUCCACCCACCACCCACCACCAUCAAACGCCCAUCACCGCCAUCACCGCCACUGUUGUGAAAUUCCGACCACCACCAAGCUCCUCCUUUCCCCCAUUCAUUUUCUCGUCGAAUUCGAGAAGAAACGAAGUAGCAGAAGGCCGCCAGAGCAGCCCCCUGUCGCACACCACCACCGACUGCCCUUCUACCACCGUUUGCUGCUACUGCCGCCGACAAUCUUCAGUUACCACCAUUGUUCGCUGCCGCUGCCGUCGGUAAGCCAGCUCCACCCUCGAAAUUUUGACUGUGUAUUUUGUGCCUCCGAUCGAACAUCAGGCAUCGACCUCCAUACUUAUCCCCUUUGUCGUCCGUCGUUAUCAACCCAACAUCAAGACUCUCAGAUCGGUCCUUAUGAAACCGCGGGUGCAAAAGAUGUCAAGGCCACAGUUAAUUUGCAGCUUAACGUCCAUGUGGUUGUUGAAAUAGAAUUUGCAUCAUUUUUAGAAGUUAUGCUGGCAGUGGCUAACAGUUACAAAGAAUGA